AUGAAACCGCAAAUCUUUACUCUAGUCUCUUCUGUUGCCCUGGUCAGCGCCAGCUACACCAAGAACCUCAAUUACCGCAGUCCUUCAGAGCACCAUCCUGCGCUCGGCAUAUCGAUUCACAAAGUCGUCAAGAGGAAUGACCCAUCCAGCACUUGGGAUCCGUCGAAACUGAACUUUACUCAUGGCAUAGCUUCUGGCGAUCCUUUCCCUGACAGCGUGGUGCUCUGGACGAGAAUUGCUCCCUCGGCUGAUAACGACAAGUCCAAUGUUACGGUUGAGGGUUACGUACCGCUGUACAACCAUGAUACGGAAGAGUAUGUUGCCAUGUCAAAUGCGCCAGUCUGUGUGCAGUACAAGAUAUCUACCGAUAAAGAGUGUAAGAAUGUGGCGGAUUCCGGGACAGUGUACACUUCCUCCGACAUUGAUUACACAGUCAAGGUUGAAGCGAAGAAGUUGAAGCCCUACACCACGUACUACUACCAAUUCAAUGUCUGCAAUUCGAACAACGUUAGCCCGUUGGGGAGGACUAAGACGACGCCUCACGCCGAUGAUGACGUUACCAAGGUUGGUAUCGCUGUCUACUCUUGCUCAAACUUCCCAUUCGGUUUCUUCAACGCAUACGGAAAUCCCGUGCGAAAAGAUUCCGUGGACUAUGUGGUCCAUCUCGGCGACUACAUCUACGAAUACGCAAAUGGCGAAUACGGCUGGGGCCAAACCAUUGGCCGAGUGCCUCUUCCUGACAAGCAAAUAUACUCAUUGUACGACUACCGGAAGCGAAUCGCAACAUACCGCACAGAUCUCGAUCUCCUUGCUAGCCACCAGCAGUUCCCGUGGAUUCCUGUAUGGGACGAUCAUGAGGUCUCUGACAACACCUACCGCGAUGGUGCGUCAGAGUUGAACAACACCGAAGCUUCCUUCGUUGAGGAUGGUGGGGUCAGCGUUGAUCAGCGGAAAAUGAACGCUGUCCGAGCAUACUUCGAAUGGAUGCCGAUCAGACAAGUUGAGAUGGACGACAACCUGCGCAUCUGGCGUUCAUUCUCCAUCGGCAAGCUCCUUGACCUCAUCAUGCUCGACACCCGCCACUACGACCGCUCCAUCACCGAUCUCUACUGGAACACAGACUACGUCCACGAGAUCUCCGACGAUGCCGGCCGCAGCAUGAUGGGUAGUCGACAAGAACACUGGUUCUACAAUCAACUCUCCUCGUCCUCCAAACGUGGUGCUGCAUGGCGCAUCGUAGGCAGCCAGACCGUCUUCAGCCGCCUAAAUGAGUCAGUUGCGUACGGACUCGAGAACCCGCUCGACUACGACGCGUGGGACGGAUACCAGUCCAAUCGCAACCGCACUUUUCAGCAUCUCUACAAUAAUAACAUCGGGAACAACAUCUUCCUCUCCGGCGAUAGCCACGCGUCCUGGGUCUCCGACCUCGUCUGGCUCGACGAGAAGACCUACGACCCCGCCACCGGCGCCGGCAGCAUCGGCGUUGAGUUCGCUGGCUCUGCGGUGACUUCGCCUUGCCCCUAUGGUGCUAACAUCUCGAUGGCGUUGGCGUAUAAUGCUACGAAGUUCCUGGUCGCUGCGAAUAAGGAGCUGCAGUGGAGCGAUAUAUACUACCGCGGCUACUACGAGCUGCAUAUCUCGCCGAGCGAAGUCGAGGCUAAGUACUUUGGGCUGCCUACGGUAGUUACUAGAAAUAAUUACGAGAUCAGCCUGGCGAACUUUACGGUUCAGAGCGGGGCUAAUAAGCUGAAUCGGCCGGUUGCGGGAGGGACGGUGGAGAGCGGGAGUUUGAAGACGGGGAAGACGGUUAUGACGAAUGCGACUGUGGAUACGGGGAAUGGGACGUGGUUUGUUAGCCAUUUUGAUUUGGAGGUCCUGUAG